AUUAAGAUCCACAUGGUCUAUAUGAGACCAAGCUUCCAACGGGUCACUAAGAGGGGGAAGGUUCUUGUGGUGCCUAAGGCGACAUGACCGACAAAUACGGGCGCCAGUGACUUAUUGUCAGGACACUACAAUUCUAACCUCCAAAGAGAAAUCUCAAGGAAUAAGUAUGUGGAAAAUUCUUUGGACUAUGGGCGGGCGGUGGAUGGUAUCUUCAACAAUCAGCAUUAGUCUUUACGAAUGGCUUCUUUUCCCCCCUUGUUCUCCCUUCCUAAUCGCCUUUCCUAUGGGCCCUUUUGUUAAGAUAUAUGUCGGUUAUGUUAUAGGCUUAAGCCCAUUGUAUGCUUAUGUUGGACGUGUAGGUUUUGGACUUAGAGACUGCCGAGGCUUUUCCCUUCCUAAUAGAACUCGGCUAGUCUUAUUAUGGAUGUAGGGUUGCGGUGUGUAGGCAUAUAAAAUGCCAUGUACGUAUGUGUUGGGUAAUUGUAUAAGAAGAACAA